CCCCGGGGGCCGAAACUUCCGUGGGAGGCGCCCAGCGGUGCGCACCUACCCAGGGCGCAGCGGCAGGGGGGAGGGGGAGCCAGACGGAGCGCGCCGAGGCCGGAGAGCAGAGGAGGGGAGCAGGGCGAGCCGCCCGCCUGGAUCAGCGCCCAGCAGCAGCCGCGGCUGGCUCCCGGGACCCCGGCGGGGCUCGUCGGUUCUCGUCCGCGUCCCGGACGCCCGCGUGCGCCGGGAGCAUCGACCAUCCGGCCCGCGGAGCGGAACGUGGUGGCUGCACCCGGGGGGCGGCCCGGGCGGCGCGGCCGGAGCCAUGCGGACCGAGUUCGGAGCGCAGGAGGCUGAGCGCGGCCGGCCGCUGCACUUGCUGCCCGGAGCCCUGUGCCCGCUGCCCGCCGCCUUGGCCUCUUCUCGCCGCCCGAGGGUGGAAUAAAGGCCAGGAGACAAGCCACGACUAGCGCCUAGGACUCCGAGGCUUAAACUGUGCGGCAGCGCCCUGGCUCCGGGGCCGCAGCGGCGCGCCCAGCGGUCCUCCGGCUCGAGCGAGCGUCCCCUCGGGGAUGCACGGGGAGGGUCCCGUCGCGGGUGAAGCCUCCGGGGGCUGCGGAACGGCAGCCCCGGGGGCCCUCUGAGUCUUACCCGGAGAGCUCCAUCGGCGAGUGCCCACGAGUUCCAGGCAGCCCCUGCUGGGGCCGGGCCGCCGGCCGAGGGAGGGCAUGGCUUAGCUCCCGGACGUCGCGGCGGGGGGGCGGGGGCCCGCGCGGAAGGGACACUCAGCGAAGUGGUCCCGGCCUCAGCACCGCCAGGACCGGGGCGCCGGGCCGCCACCUCCCGGAGUCGGCCCUGCGCCCUCUGGAGACGCGCCGCCCGCGCCCAGGGUGGUGCCAUGUGGGGCGGACGCCGCCCGGCCGCCUCCUCCCCGGACGCCGCUUCGCUCCUGCGGCUGCUGCUGGCCGCGCUGCUGGCGGCGGGGGCGCAGGCCAGCGGCGAGUACUGCCACGGGUGGCUGGACGCGCAGGGCGUCUGGCGCCUCGGCUUCCAGUGCCCGGAGCGCUUCGACGGCGGCGACGCCACCAUCUGCUGCGGCAGCUGCGCGCUGCGCUACUGCUGCUCUAGCGCCGAGGCGCGCCUGGACCAGGGCGGCUGCGACAACGACCGCCAGCAGGGCGCCGGCGAGGCCGGCCGCGCGGACAAAGACGGCCCCGACGGUUCGGCAGUCCCCAUCUAUGUGCCCUUCCUCAUCGUCGGGUCGGUGUUUGUCGCCUUCAUCAUCUUGGGGUCCCUGGUGGCCGCCUGCUGCUGCAGAUGCCUGCGGCCCAAGCAGGAGCCCCAGCAGAGCCGGGCCCCGGGGGGGCCCCGCCUGGUGGAGACCAUCCCCAUGAUCCCCAGCGCCAGCACCUCCCGAGGUUCCUCUUCCCGCCAGUCCAGCACGGCCGCCAGCUCCAGCUCCAGCGCCAACUCGGGGGCCCGGGGGCCCCCGACCAGGUCACAGACCAACUGUUGUUUGCCCGAGGGCACCAUGAACAACGUAUACGUCAACAUGCCCACAAACUUCUCUGUGCUCAACUGCCAGCAGGCCACCCAGAUCGUGCCCCACCAGGGGCAGUACCUGCAUCCCCCCUUCGUGGGGUACACGGUGCAGCACGACUCGGUGCCUAUGACCCCGGUGCCGCCGUUCCUGGACGGGCUGCAGACGGGCUACAGGCAGAUCCAGGCCCCCUUCCCUCACGGUAACAGCGAACAGAAGAUGUACCCAGCCGUGACUGUGUAACGCAAGGGGAGGCCGGGGUCCUGUACCAGACAGAGGAAGGCAGAAGCUGUGGGCUUGGGAAGGAUUCUCAACGUGGAAGUCCAAGCGUAUCGCUGGUGUUUGUGGCACAGUUCUGUUGGAUGGCUUGCUUUGCCCCCAAACUGUAUGAAAACAUCUUUCUCCAAAUUAGCGUUUCUGGACACGUUUCAUCCCAGCGCAUGAUUGAUUUAUGGUGGAGAAGAGUGCCUGUGUGGUCGCCAGUCGUUGUGUGACACACGUGAGCCCUUAAGUGCCCUUGAGGUGUGGCUGUCAAAAGAACUUUGUAAACUGAUUAAGUGUUUUUAUUAUUUCGUUACUGUUACUUCUUUUUUAUUUUUUAUUGUAUUGGUACAAGAUCAGAAUAGUUGUUCCCUCCCUUUUACCUGGGCCAGUUUCUAAGAAGCAUCCAAGGUUUUAGGGGGGAUGUAAAGAGCACAAUUCUUAUACAAGGAAACCAAUCUGGACUCUGAGGUUAGCCCUUGAUCUCAGUAUUUCCCAGGCACAUCUUAAUGCAUUGUAAAAAGAUAUAUAUAUAUUGUCUAUUUUUGUGCUUUUUUGGGGUCUAUUUUGUGCUUUUUUACCUUGUGUAGAUAUCUUAUUACAAAGUGAUUUCCUACAUUAAAAAGAGGCUGAAAGAAAUUGUAUAGUUACUUAACUGAUGACAUUUCAGAACUCUGGGAUUAUUUUAAUCUUGAAGUAGAGUGAUGGUGUAGUAAUAAAACCAUUCAGCCCCUUCUCGAUUGUCUCUUUUAAAUUUCUGACUCUACGUUGACAUCGAGAAGAGUAAUAAAGUGUUUUCAUAUUGAAAUCAUAAGCUGUCACCUGCCCCUUCUCCAGAUGACUCUUAAUUUCGCUGUGUGGUAUGGCUUGGCGUGUCACUCUGUUUGGUGUUCAGACCUCCGUGUCCGUAUAGUACUGAGUGCCGGUAAUUCCUGUUAUAAAUGAACGUCAGCCUUUCUGCCCGGAUCUGAUAAAACAUUUUCUUGUCUUCCCUAGAAAAGCUCAAAGAAACGCUUGCAGAGAGAGAUACUUAAUAUCGCUCCUCAGCCAAAAUCUGAGACUUGGGAUGAAAUUUAAACCACAGAUUAGAUUUACUUCACAAAUCAUAGGCUUUUUAUACUGUCGUUAUCAAAAUGUCUUGUUUUUCAGGCAAGAGAGACUAUCAAGUUGAGAAGAGCUUUUCAAAGAAAUAUUGCCUUUCUUCCCCACAAAGUUAGUUCUUGUUUUCCUCUCUCUUUUAGUCCUCAACAAGAGCUGUAUUAAUUACCAGUCUUCUGAAUUAUGAAAUUCAAGUGAAUUUAUUUGUGUAUUGUUCCCUUACAAGAAGUAAGUUGAAGUAAAUUUCCAACUGCUAGCAAAACCAAGAUUUGUAAUUAAAUGGUGGUGAGGUAUGAUCUUUUACACAUAUUUAUAUCUGUAUCUAUGGUCAUCUGUCUAUGAUCUAUCUACCUUUUCUAUCACCUGUCUAUCUCUGUCUAUCUCAUGACUGAAAAAUGUAAAACCAUUGUUGGCAAUUGGUAUCAACAAAGAUACCCCAUCAAAUCUUUUAAUAGCCAAAGGCAGGGGAAAAUCAUUUUACUUAUUAAUAAAUGUUUUAUGGCAUGAA